GAACUGUUCGAGAACGAUUUUGCGAAUCAAUUAUUGAUCUACGAUCUACAACAAUCUAUUUACAAUAAGAUCUCCCACCACCAUCGCCGGUCGAGAUAGCGCACGUGCGUAUGCCCGGACAUCAGCACAUCGCAUCCAUGCAUAUGAGCGGUCGAAGUGCCGACAAACGAACUAAAGCUUCUUUUAUCAGUCGGCCACGACCGUGUGAGGCAAACAGUUGAGUACGCGCGGCGGUGGUGCGUUUACGGGUGCGAGAACAGGCAACGGCUUCUUUUUCCUCGUUUCCCGUUUUCCCGCGGCCUUUGUGCAUUCCUUACCGGCCAACAUUUCCACAACGCUGGAUCGAUCAUUGAUCACGAUCCUCCGUCACCGCACGACGAAACCAACUUUCCGUUUCGGCUCACGUACAACCGAUCGAGAAGAGUCCCGUACGAAAUUGCACGCGACUUCGACAACGAGAUCGGACAGCGACAACAGAGCAGAAGUGGCAGGGUUAAUCGAAUAUCAAGGAACAAUAAACGCUUUACGAGCAAAUAUCGACACGCUGGCGCAAAUUCUUCAAUAUAUCGUUACUACAUCAAGGCUGACCGAGAUAGGUAGGUCCGACGUGAAAGUAUCUCAGGUCGAUCCCGGACUUUGCCAAUUUCGUAGAGGAUACUACAAGAUCGUCCGCCAACACCGAACUCGAUAUGGUCGUUUCUCCGGUCUCGUCGACUGAACCGGCGCUGUUCAACGUGACUGAUAUAAAAUUAAACGACUGCGCUGAUCACAAUGAGCAUCUAGCAAACAAACUUAAUAACAGGGGAGUUAAGGAUCACGCGUUUACGAUACAGCGAGACAAUAUGUCGAACGGAAAGGAUAAUUAUGCCUUAGAUUUCGACUGCAUAGAGAAGGCGAUCGAUAACAAAUUAAAUUCAUCCGCCGACAUCAAAGCGGAACCCGAUAUCGUGAAGAAAGUGGCAGCGGGUCUGAAAAGUUCUAAUGGCCAAAAGAACAAAACGGACAUGUCACUACCCAAUCUCGGUGGUGGAACACUUUCCAGUGGAUGUUCGAUAGUGACGAUCUCUUCCGUCGCAAAUUCAGAUCCUGAUCCUGAGUUCCAUAAUAACACGGAUGGGUUUGGUAACAGCGCAUACAGACACGAAAGAUGGUAUCAGACCACCCUUCAAGUCGCUGUGCCUUUCUUUAUCGCCGGGAUAGGUACAAUCGGUGCUGGUCUCGUACUCGAGAAUGUCAAGGACUGGCCAGUAUUUCGCACCGUUUCUCAAUUAAUCAUUCUUGUCCCUUCGCUGUUGGGUCUGAAAGGGAAUCUCGACAUGUGCUUGGCAUCGCGUUUAUGUACCCAAGCCAAUCUGGGGAAUAUGCACGAGUUUCGAGAGAUCGUGAAAAUGAUAAUCGGUAACAUCGCGUUGGUGCAGAUACAGGCGAUUGUCGCGGCCAUUUUGGUAUCAAUUUUCGCGAUUAUUUCCGCGAUAGUAGAAAGUAGCGAGUACAGUUUCGAAUGGAAUCAUUGCCUGUUAUUGGCCGCCUCCAGUGUAUCCACCGCCACGAGUUCUUGUUUUAUUCUAGAUUUUGUGAUGAUUGUCGUCAUCAUAAUCUCAUACCGAUGUAAAAUGAAUCCUGAUAAUUUAGCCACACCUUUGGCUGCCUCCUUCGGAGACGUCGUAUCAAUCAGCAUGCUAUCCACAAUCGCAUCGGCGUUAUUCGAGAGAAUGACUGGUUCCGUACCAUGGAUUUUGUACAUUAUACUCGGCUGUUAUUUGUUGAUUUUACCAUUUUGGAUUUAUGUAGUGCUCAAGAAUAAAUAUACUAGAAACGUUUUAGCAUCCGGAUGGAUUCCAGUUUUAUCGGCAUUAUUUAUCAGCGGAUGUGGAGGUUUGGUUCUCAGUGGAGUCGUUGACCGAUUCACAGGAUUCGCCAUCUUUAAUCCAAUAAUAAACGGAAUUGGUGGAAAUUUAGUCUCCGUGCAAGCAUCUAGAAUCUCAACUACAUUACACCAAACAACGAUCAUGGGAAUUUUACCGCCACACUCGAAAAUAUUCAUUGCCCCGUGGAAGGCGCUCUUUACAGGCACGCUAUACGCGAAAACAGCCAGAAUACUCAUUUGUAUGGCGAUUUUUGGUGAACUAAUCUUCAUUUUCGCCGCUGAUUACAUCCAAUGGGGAAAGUCCACUUUACACAUAUACUUCGUAGUGUCUUACAUUGUUAUGGCUGUUCUUCAAGUCAUGUUGUUGCUUUACGUGGCGCAUAUUAUUAUUCACGCUAUGUGGCGAUUCAAGAUAGACCCGGAUAAUUCCGCCAUACCGUAUCUGACAGCUUUGGGCGAUCUUUCGGGAACGAUAUUUUUAGCAGCAGCGUUUUGGUUUCUCGGAAUGAUACAUCACGAUUAUACAGGCAAAUAGGGAUUAACUGGUGUGAAGAGAUUGAAACAUAAUGAGAAUUUUGUAUGAAUUUUUCCUUCGAAUGUGUGUGAUGCAUUAAUUUGAAGGGUGUUAAAUCGUGUCGAAAGAUGUUCGAAAAACGAGACAAGAGAAAACGAAGAUUAAUUAAGAGAGCGAGUGUUACGUGGAAACGAGUACAGUGCAUUAUUGCGGAACGAUCUGAUUGAUCUGAGAGGGACAAAAGAGCACAGAAUUAUUUUUCUCUAUUAAGGGACCAUCUUAAUGAUACGUUAGCCGCGUUAAUUAGUCGCGCACAUUGAACGUAGUGGAUUAGAAAAAAAAAAACAUGUCGCUCUUCUUGAAAUAGAUACAUUAAUAGGAAGAAAAAGUACAAUGACACCGAUUCUAAUAUAACUAGAUCAAGCUUCGUCAUGGUGUAAUUUAUUAUGAUCUAAUGAUCGUACAGUCCCUAUUACAUCAUAGCAAAAAAAAAGAAAAAAAAAAGAGAAAAGAAAAAAAGAGAUGAACAUUGCAAAAUAAACAUAUUAACUGACGAUUACUUAGAGUUAUAAGAUUAAUGUAAUUUUUUAUAAGAUUUUAAUUAUGCUUAAUCAAAAAAACAAAUAUUUUAAAUAUAGUAAUAUAUGAUUGCAUCUAUGAAUGCACAUAAGUAUUUUCAACGUAAUCGUAAUAAACAAAA